AUGCACUUCGAAGGAGCUGGGAGGCCUCUAAUUAAAUUCAGGCACUGCGAGAGGUCCAUCUACACUUUCAGCGUACCCCAAUGCUGCCCUCUUUGCCAGGGGCACGUGGGCUCCACCAGGAUAGAGGACGCACCUAUCAGCAUCUCAGAUCCAUUCUCCAACGGUCAUCAAGAGAAAUGCUCCUUCCUCCUGAAACCCACAAGAGGGACGUUCCUUAGGGAGUACGAUGGGAAGUCUGAUCUCCACGUUGGAAUCACUAACACACGCGGGCUUGUGUAUAAUUACAGUGCACACGGCAUACAGCGAGAAGAGGCAGGCUGGGAGCGGAGUCUCAGCGUUCCCCUGGUACAGCCCAGCAUGUUCGGACUGCUGGACCAGUGGGACAAGUACUUGGAAGACUUCUCUGCUUCGCUGGCUUGGCUGCCUCAUAGGUAUGAUGAGAAUCAGCACAACUGCUUGACCUUUGCCCUCGCCUUCAUUAACGCCAUCCUUGCCAUGGAAGGCAGAGAGCAGCUGGACAAGAGCGCGUUCACAGAAAGGUACGUGAUCCCGAGGACGCGCAUGGCCUCCAAGUACAUCACGAUCUACAGGGCCAUCCAGGAGAGGGGCUUCCACGUGACUGACCACCCCGGCCCAGCGACAAGCCCUCUUGAGCAGUUUGUAGCAAAUGCUGCAUGGGAGGACCAUUGAGAAAGGACAUUUGGGUUUGGUGCCUUUAAAUGGGUACUGCAGAUUUAUAACUGUACGUAAUUGUGACUGAUUUUAAAAAAAGUGUGUGGUUUCCCAUUAAGCUUAUUAUAUAAAAAUUAUAAA